GAUGAUGAUGAUGAUGAUGAUGAUGAUGAUGAUGACAAUGUGGAUGAUGAUGAUGAUGAUGUUGAUGAUGAUGAUGAUGAUGAUGACAAUAUGGAUGAUGAUGAUGAUGAUGAUGAUGAUGCUUCGGACGAUGAUAAUGAUAAUGAUAUCUUGGAUGAUGAUGCCACAGAUGAUGAUGAUUAUGAUGAUGACGAUGAUGAUGAUCAUGAUGAAUAUGAUGAUGAUGAUGAUGAUAACGAUGUUGCUGAUGAUUUCGAUGAAGAAGAUGACGAUGAGGAUUGGUUUUUCUCGGACGACGACGAUGAUGAUGAAGAUGACGAUGAUGAUGAUUAUGAUGUUGAUGAUGAUGGUGAUGAUGAUGAUAAAUACGUUGUUCUCGAUGAUGAUCAUCUUUUUGAUGAUGACGAUGACGUUGAUGAUGAUGAUGAAAAUUAUAAUGACGAUGAUAAUGAUGAUGAUUAUAUUGAUGAUUCGGAGGAUGAUGUUGAUGAUGAUGCUGUUGAAGAUGUUAAUGUUGAUGAUGAUGAUGAUGAUGAUGGUAAUGAUGCUGAUAAUGAUGAUGAUGGUCAAGAUGAUGUUUAUGAUGUUGAUUCGGAUGAAGAUGUUGAUAAUGAUGAUCAAGAUGAAGAUAAUGAAGAUGAUGAUGAUGAUGAUGACGAUGAUGAUGAUAACAAUGAUGAUGGUGAUGAUCAUGAUGAUGAUGAUGAUGUUUGAAUGA